CUGGUAGAUCUUUCACAUAUGGAGAGAUGGAGACAGAGACACAGUAGCAGAUUAGAUUUACUCGGAGCAACAGCCCUUAGAUAUACACGGACGGAGCAACAGUUCUUAGAUAUACACGGAGCAACAGCUCUUAGAUAUACACGGAGCAACAGCCAUCCUUACCAACAAUUCGAAGCAAGAGCUGUCCUUUCCAGUCCUUUGAUUUACACGAAGUGGGAACUGUCCUUACUGUUCAUAGGAUAUACACGGGGUCACAGCCUUCCUUACCAGUCCUUGGAUAUUCAAGAACAGUCCGUUCAAGUUGUUGGUUAUACCCGGAGCAGACAUCUAAUUUCGAACUAGAUUGUGAAAAAACAUGUUUACAUAAACUCAUCUUGGAGUUUCCGAGUUAAACCAUAAAAUUAGGAUUUCUCUGAAUCUUGUGAUAUUGUAUUUAAAUGUGUGAACAGGCACGACAGCUUCUGUAAACCUCCUCGUCACUCCUCCUUCUUGUACUCACAGUGAUAUUGUGAGAAAACAUGAAUUGGCAAAGUUCCUUCUCAGCAUUCUCCCCCCGGGUUAGUUCUACCACCCUGGAUACAGCUCUGUCAUCAUCAGAUUCAUCUCCGGAGCAGAAACCAGGCAAUCUUCAAGGUUUUAAUUCUGUAUCUCCAGGUUCAGAUUCAGAUGUGCCUCUCUCCAGAACCCAUCAGUAUAAAAAGAUCACAAAACCUCUCCUAGAACGAAAACGUAGAGCUCGAAUAAAUAAAUGCCUGGACGAAUUGAAAGAUAUAAUGACAGUUGCUCUUCAGGCAGAAGGAGAAAAUGUCUCAAAACUAGAGAAAGCGGACAUUUUAGAACUUACAGUGAGACAUUUACAUAAACUAUCUCAGAGCCGACGACUCAUGGUUCGGAAUCCAUUGGAGGAUUUACAGAAAUUCCAGGCCGGAUAUUCAUCCUGUGCUCAGGAAGCUGCAACCUUUCUUCUCUCUACUCCGGGAGUAGAUGUGAGACUGAGUCAGAGACUUCUCUCUCAUCUGUCCUCGACUGCAGGACCAGCAAUGGCAGCAAACCUCUCACCCUUGUCCUUAUCCGUCCCCUUGUCACAUUCUCAUCGUCAUCCGUCUCCUCCAUCAUCUCCUGGAAACUAUCAACGCCCUUCUCCGGGUCUACCUCAUAAACCUGCCGAACCUGAACCUUCUACAGGACCCUUCACUCUCACACAAGGAACAUUCACACUCUCUAUUCGUAAAAAAUCCCCGGAACCUCUCGGAGAACGAACCCAGAACGAAAAGUCCGUUCCAAUCCGUCCUGCAGCUAUCCGCCUGAAUCCAACCAAACAGGAACCAAUGGAACCAGUUUGGAGACCGUACUCUAGUACAUAGAGUUGGUGUACUGUACAAGAGAAGACCCAGCCCGGUUUUAUAAACGUAUUGUGAUCUCUGAUGGCAUUUUCGCUUUGUAUAACAAAUAUAAGAUUUAAAUGAGUUAUUAAUAAAAUAGAAUAGACUA